AGCUACUCAGGGUUGCUUCGAUAGGGAUGUGUUCACACAAAUCAUAUAAUGUGGCUAACAGUUAAGGAAGCUGCUCAUGAAAAGCAAAGGUGCUUCACUAGGAGUGUGCUAAAGCCUAGCAAAAAGAAUGUCAAAAAGCAAAGCAGCAGUGGCAAAGGGCCGUUCCUAAUCAACUGGAUAGCAGCAUCAGCAGAAAGGGAGAAAGGGCAAUGGGACCAACCAAUACGGAUGAAAGAAGUGGUAUCAUCAACUACGGUUCUGUUGACUAAGUCGAAUAGAAAGCAAAGCCCUCAUUCCAGCACAAGCACAUUGUCAGGAAAGGCACGAGCUAGCCAAUCAAGGCAGGAGAAAGUAUCUAUGCGAGACCCUUUAGUGUGCUCAACUCAGCACAGACUUUGGAUCGGAAGGUACUCUCUAAUAGUUGGGAUUAGUGAUUGGAUCCCUAAGGGCGGCAUUAGGUCAGAUCUCGGGCAACUAACUUUACUUGAAAGAGUCUGCCUCCUUAGAAACGUGGUGUCGCUAAGGCGCCGCCCGAUCAAAAAGAAAAGAUGUGAGAGCCCAAGACCCCUGGUUACUUCGCUAGGAAUUCGAGAAGAUCAAGUCCUUACAUCCGAUAUGUCUUCCGUGACAGCAGAGAAAGGUCAAAGGCAAGCAUCCUUUGCUUCAGCAGCACACCAUAAGAGUCGUAGCUUUCGACUGAUCUACCCAGCACACUGCUAAUUACUUCUUUUCUCUGUGGCUUACCACCUCUCUUCACGUUAGUCGAAAACUUAUACUGGGAUUGUAGUUCAAUCAAAUGUCAAGUCGAAA